GUUUAAACACUCAAAAUUAGACAAAAUUGAAUACUCUUGGUUGUGUCAAACUAGAUUCGUAUUGUUGCACACACAAAAGACACAAACAGCAAUAAACAAAUUCCGAAGCUGCAGUCAAAAAGUUAUUUUCUACCAAGGCGAUCAAAUUAACAUAGUGUAUUUAUACGAGACAAACAUAUACAAGACAUAAACUUAAUAAACUGCAAUGCCGCACUCUGACCUGAAUGGCCAGCGGUGCCGCCUGCGGUUUCCACGUCAUUGGAGAUUCUAUCAAGGACCCCAAGCCGGUGACUUUUUGGAGGAGGAGGAGGAUCCCAAGCAAAGGGGCAUCCUGCGUAGAACCAGCUGCCAUCGUUACCGUGAACGACUGCGUUCCAAUCGCCUCUCACAGCUCCUCCAUGGACUUUCCAUCAUGGCAACGUUGGCAGUGGUGGUCGUUCUGAUGCUCUUCCUCGGCACGAAGCUGUCCACCGAGCAGAUGGAUUAUUCCGCACCUGGAGAGGAAGGCCUCUGGUUGGGUUUCCUUCGGCUGCUUGGCUUGGAGCAGGAGAAUUAUCUAUCAGGGGAUUUGUAUAUGCGUAGUAAAGAUGCUUUUUGCAGUCCCGAGGCUCUGGACUUGGGCAGGAUCUUUCGCUACAUGGGCAGGGUGGUCCUGAAUCAGGAGCAGGCAUUGGCUCGCAUGGAGCGGGCGUUGAGCGGCUCGGGGCGUUUCCGGUCGGUGGCUCUACUGGGUCCGCCGGGCGUGGGAAAAUCCCUGGCGGCAGAUACACUGCGCCAGUGUUUUCCCUGGCCGGGAAAUGCACACUCCUACUCCUGGAGCACCCAUGUGCCGGAUGGUGCGAGUAAGUUCCGACUGAUCAGGCAGUUUGCCGAUGGACUUUCCGAGUGCGGUGUCAAUCUGCUGAUCAUCGACAAUCUGACGACCUGUGAUCACGGCCUGGUGCCCAUCUACAAUCGCCUGAUUAUGGAACGCGAAGGCGAACCGAAGGCGAAUCAAACGGUCCUGGUCAUCUAUGUUUUCAAUCUGGAAACGAAUCAGUACUGGGAGCAGUUCGAGUUGCUGCAGGAACUGCCGCCGGAGACCACCAUUGUGAACUUUAGGUUCUUCGAUGAGGAUGAUCUUGUGGAUUGUCUGGCCAGUGAGUUGAAGAAGGAGCAGCUUGUGCUCAGCAGCGAGAAGCAGUCCUUUGUACUCCAGGAAGCCAUGAAGACUGUCCAAAGCUCAGGAUGCAAGCUCCUGCGACGGCUGAUACUGCAAAAUGGAGCAAUAGCAUAAAAUUUAUAUCGUGUAUAGAACUCAUCUCUCACCCAUCGACAUUAAUACUUUUGCUUAAAGAUGUAAUAGCCGUAUAACAUUGCUUUUUUUCUGUUCACCUAUAAACUAUAUAUAUUGAAACAAAAUUAAAGUGAUGUUAAUCGGGUAAUAA